AAAUAAUUCUUUUUGCGUUUUUGCCAAUGUAUGCCUUUAUAAACAGGAUGGUAGACCACACACUAUAAUAUGUAGUACCAACUAAUGAAUACACAGCAUAUUAUAGUCGAUUUGCUAAACUCAGUCUCAGUACUACUGAGUCUCGGACACAACUGGCUAGUGAUUUUAGUAAAUAAUUUUGCCAAUUUGGUAAAAUUGGCAAAAAAAUAAUAACUAAAUAGUUAAUAAUUACUAAAUAGUUAGUAAUUUUGGCAAAAUUGACCAAAAACAAAAAAAUUACCUACUAAAAUCACUAGCCAGUUGUGUCUGAGUUUGGGGAACCGACGAUACUAAUAAACAAUUUCUAAGCUGUUUUAUAAUAUUUUGUGAGUUCAUGAAUCAUAUUUUUUAUUUAAAACUAAAAUUUGUUAAUAAUGCUUAGUAAUGCAUAUAUUUUGUAUUCUUAGCUUUCCAGAAGAUCCUGCGAAGAAGGCAUGAAGUAUAGAUCAGAUUUGUUAAUAGAGGAGUACAGUGCGACAAGCGAGUGGUGGCGGCUGACCUUCUCGUAUUCUGCAUUUGUCGCUGUGUAUUUUCGCUCAAGGUCACGUGCCAGCACUGGUUUGUCGGCUUGUAUGUUAAAAACACUUUUUAGAAAAGAUAUUGACAGAACUUCACUUUCAUCUGUUCGUUUGAGAGACUGUGCUGUUCCAAUAGCUUAUGUCACACAGAAUCAGCUGAGAGAAGUGGUCUACAAAAAACCAGGAAGGAAAUGGAAUAUGUGGCUACGAAAAGCAAAAGAAAGGUUUACAAAGCAAAUGUGACACAUUUUUUUAUAAUAUUUAGGAAUGUCAGUAAAUUACAUUAAAAAAUGUAUGUAAAGAUUUUUUGCAAUAAAAAUGUUUAUAUUUAUCAA